GGACCGGGACCCACUGGGCGCGAGCCCGCGGCCGCUUCCCCGGCCCCGAGCGAGGAGUGAAGCUGCGGUAACGAGCGGCGGCUGCGCGGCCAUGGGCGCGCCGGUGUCGCCCUAGGACGGGCACGCGAAGACCGCAACCAGAGCAGCAGUCUCGGCUUCUGGUCUUCCAGAGCGGCGGCGGCGGCGGCGGCGGCGGCGGCAGGAGCAGCGCGGCCGGGAUGAGCGGCAGCGGCGCGGCGCCCGGCCCGGGCUCCUCCCCGGCCGCCUGCCGCUUCGCGCACUACUUCGUGGUGUGCGGGAUCGACGCGGACAGCGGGCUGGAGCCCGAUGAGCUGGCGGUUUUGUACCAAUGGCUAGAAGCAGACCGUCAUGGCAAGAGCCAAGAUGCUGCAAAUACGACUUCAGGUGAAAAUUUUGACCAGAGUCCUUUGAGAAGAACAUUCAAAUCUAAGGUUCUGGCCCACUAUCCUCAGAAUAUAGAAUGGAAUCCUUUUGACCAAGAUGCGGUGAACAUGUUGUGCAUGCCCAAAGGGCUGUCUUUCAGAACACAAACUGACAAGAGAGAUCCUCAGUUCCACUCCUUUAUAAUUACCCGGGAAGAUGGUUCUCGUACCUAUGGUUUCGUUCUCACUUUUUAUGAAGAAGUUACAAGUAAGCCAAUCUGCACGGCCAUGCAGACGCUCUACCAGAUGCACAACGCAGAGCAUUCCAGCAGCGUGUAUGCGUCUUCCUCCUGCAGCAUGGACUCGCUGGCGAGCAGUAUCGACGAGGGUGAUACGACUUCCCUUUUGAAACUCCAGCGAUACAACUCCUAUGACAUCAGCAGAGACACCCUGUACGUUUCAAAAAGCAUAUGUUUGAUCACACCGCUGCCUUUCAUGCAGGCCUGCAAGAAAUUCCUUAUCCAGCUUUACAUGGCAGUUACCUCGCAGCAGCCACCACCUUUGCCGCUUGAGAGCUACAUCCAUAAUAUUCUCUAUGAGGUGCCCCUUCCGCCUCCCGGGAGGUCACUGAAAUUUUAUGGUGUCUAUGAACCCGUCAUCUGCCAGAGGCCUGGGCCCAGCGAACUCCCCCUCUCCGAUUACCCUCUUCGAGAGGCCUUCGAGCUGCUGGGAUUGGAGAACCUGGUGCAGGUGUUCACCUGUGUUCUUUUAGAGAUGCAGAUCCUUCUCUACUCACAAGAUUAUCAACGCCUGAUGACUGUGGCGGAAGGCAUCACCACACUUUUGUUCCCAUUUCAAUGGCAGCAUGUUUAUGUGCCCAUCCUCCCUGCAUCUCUGCUACAUUUUCUUGAUGCUCCUGUCCCUUAUCUGAUGGGCCUUCAGUCAAAAGAAGGAACUGACCGUUCUAAACUAGAACUUCCUCAAGAGGCUAAUUUGUGUUUUGUGGAUAUUGACAACCAUUUUAUCGAGUUGCCUGAAGAGUUUCCACAGUUCCCCAAUAAAGUGGAUUUUAUCCAGGAACUCUCUGAAGUUCUUUUUCAAUUUGGAAUCCCUCUUGAGGGCAGCCUCCAUUGCAGUGAGAAUGCCACCAAACUGAAGAACCUGGUUCUGAAAGACCUGGUCAAUGACAAGAAGAAUGGCAAUGUCUCGGCUAAUAACAUCAGUAUGUAUGAGUUACUGAAGGGCAAUGAAACGAUCGCCCGCCUCCAGGCUCUGGCCAAGAGGACCGGUGUGACUGUGGAAAAAAUGGACCUUUCUGCCUCUCUGGGUGAAAAAGACAAGGAUGUGAAACUUCAGUGUGAAGAGACAGAACUAAGGGACUACCAGCUCAACGUACAGCUCCGAGAGGUCUUUGCUAACCGCUUUACGCAGAUGUUUGCAGAUUACGAAGCCUUUGUGAUUCAGACUGCCCAGGACAUGGAAUCCUGGCUGACCAACCGGGAACAGAUGCAGAACUUUGACAAAGCUUCCUUUCUGUGUGACCAGCCUGAGCCAUACCUGCCAUUUCUUUCACGCUUCAUUGAAACACAGAUGUUUGCCACCUUUAUUGAUAAUAAAAUUAUGUCUCAGUGGGAAGAGAAAGAGCCUUUGCUUCGGGUCUUUGACUCUCGGAUUGAGAAGAUAAGACUGUAUAAUGUAAGGGCCCCCACCUUGAGGACUUCUAUGUAUCAGAAAUGCAGCACUUUAAAAGAAGCAGCCCAGUCAAUUGAACAGCGGCUGAUGAAAAUGGAUCACACUGCAAUACACCCACAUCUACUUGAUAUGAAAAUUGGUCAAGGCAAAUAUGAGCAAGGGUUCUUUCCAAAGUUACAGUCCGAUGUCUUGGCAACAGGACCAACUAAUAACAAUCGCUGGGUGAGUCGGAGUGCCACCACACAGCGCAGGAAAGACCGCCUUCGCCAGCAUUCCGAGCACGUGGGGCUGGACAACGACUUGAGGGAGCCUCCGGGGGAACUUGUGGUCUGUCAGAACUCCAUGGCAUUCUGGGAGUGGGAUCAGGGUCCACCUCCUCCUGCACGACCUCCCAAAAAAUCCUUCUCUGAGUGCUGCCUGAAAUAUAUGCAAGAGGCACGAAGUUUAGGAAAAAACCUGAGGCAACCCAAAUUGUCAGACCUCUCUCCCGCUGUGAUUGCACAAACCAACUGGAAAUUUGUAGAAGGCUUAUUAAAAGAAUGUAGAAUGAAGACAAAACGCAUGUUGGUGGAGAAGAUGGGCCACGAAGCCGUGGAACUGGGCCAUGGAGAAGCAAACAUAACCGGCUUAGAGGAGAACACCUUGAUCGCCAGCCUCUGUGACCUGCUGGAAAGGAUAUGGAGCCACGGUUUGCAGGUCAAGCAGGGAAAGUCAGCUUUGUGGUCACAUUUAAUUCAGUUUCAGGACAGAGAAGAGAAACAAGAGCACCUUGCAGAAUCACCAGUUGCCCUGGGACCAGAAAGAAGAAAAUCUGACUCAGGAGUUAUGUUGCCAACACUCAGGGUCUCCCUUAUCCAAGACAUGAGGCAUAUUCAAAACAUGAGUGAGAUCAAGACUGAUGUUGGACGAGCUCGGGCAUGGAUACGAUUGUCUCUAGAAAAGAAACUCUUGUCCCAGCAUCUCAAGCAGCUACUCUCUAACCAACCUCUCACCAAAAAGCUUUAUAAGCGGUACGCCUUUCUACGUUGUGAAGAAGAAAGAGAACAGUUUCUUUACCACCUUCUUUCCCUCAAUGCUGUGGACUAUUUCUGCUUCACCAGCGUGUUCACCACUAUCAUGAUUCCAUAUAGGUCAGUCAUCAUCCCCAUCAAAAAGCUGAGCAAUGCAAUCAUCACAUCGAACCCCUGGAUCUGUGUGUCGGGGGAGCUAGGAGACACGGGAGUGAUGCCGAUUCUCAAAAACCUCCUCGAAAUGACUUUUGAGUGCCAGAACCUGGGGAAGCUGACCACUGUUCAGAUCGGUCACGAUAACUCAGGACUGUUAGCCAAGUGGCUGGUGGACUGUGUCAUGGUCAGAAAUGAAAUCACAGGACAUACAUACCGGUUCCCAUGUGGUCGAUGGCUGGGAAAGGGCAUUGAUGAUGGGAGCCUGGAGAGAAUUCUUAUUGGAGAAUUGAUGGCACCAGCCGCAGAUGAGGAUCUAGUGAAGCAGUGUCGGACUCCACCCCAGCAGAAAUCACCCACCACAGCCAGGAGGCUGAGUGUCACGUCACUAACUGGAAAAAGCCCCAAACCCAAUGCUGGACAGAUCCAAGAAGGAAUUGGAGAAGCUGUGAACAACAUUGUGAAACAUUUUCACAAACCUGAAAAAGAGAGAGGGAGCCUCACGGUGUUGCUCUGUGGAGAAAAUGGCCUGGUCGCAGCACUGGAACAAGUUUUCCACCAUGGGUUCAAAUCUGCCCGCAUCUUUCACAAGAAUGUCUUCAUCUGGGACUUCAUAGAGAGAGCAGUUGCUUAUUUUGAAACCACUGACCAGAUUCUAGACAAUGAAGAUGGUGUCCUUAUUCAGAAAUCAUCCUGCAAAACCUUCUGCCGCUAUGUAAAUGCUAUUAAUACUGCACCCAGGAGCAUUGGGAAGGAUGGCAAAUUCCAGAUUCUAGUUUGCCUUGGAACACGGGACCGCCUGCUUCCACAGUGGAUCCCGUUAUUAGCCGAGUGCCCUGCCAUUACCCGAAUGUAUGAGGAGAGCGCCCUCCUGAGGGACCACAUGACCGUCAACUCCCUCAUCCGCAUCCUGCAGACCAUCCAGGACUUCACCAUAGUCUUAGAAGGCUCGCUCAUCAAAGGAGUGGAUGUGUAACCCAACUGGCUGGAAACUCUCAAUCCAGACCCCUCGCUUCUGAACCUUCCCCGUCCACGGGACCGAUCUGGACUUGUCUGACAAGGUAGUGAGUCACUGGGGGCAAGACACUGUAUCCCCCAGUUUGAACAAUCGUCACGCCACAGACAAGGUAAAAUGCUGUAUUGUAGUUCAUUUGAACCAGGAAUUUAGUAUAAAAUAGAGUAUUUUCAUGUGUUAGAUGUGUGUAAAUAUGCUAUCUUGUUUAAGAAAUUAUAUUACUCUAAUAAGAUACUUUUCUUAGAUUGAAUAUUCCUGUGACUUAAAAAUGUGUAGCUUCAAAGCAUUGGGAGUUGGGGGGAUGAGUGGUGCUAGUCAGGAAGAAGCCAGUAAACAUGUAAAUAUAGUGCAACCCAGUGGGGCUUUUUAUUUCCUCCAGGUAUCACAAAGGAACCCAGAGUGCAUUGUUAAGUCGUAUCCAUCUAUCCAGGUGUCUGAUCCUUUGUAUUGUGAAUGUAAACAGCUUUACCUACUGUAUGGGGUAGUCCUCACUUGUAUUUUUUAAGUUACAAAUGGUUUCAUACAUAUGAAUUGAGUCACUUCUCCAGCCUAUUAGGAAAUUUUUUUGUUAGCACAAGAUGAAGAUAUAAUUCAAAUACUUUAAAUACUGAACCCCAGGAGCUUGGCUGAACUGGAAAGGGAACACACAAAGCCCUGAGAAGUGUGUUAAAUUGUGGGAUUAUACUUCUUUACACUUUGGAAAGAUUAGCUUAGACUAACUUCAUUCUUGGCAUUUUUAUUCUUGUUAUUUGAGGUACUUUGGGCAGAUGUGAAUUUCAAAGCAUUCGCCUCACAGUCAUAACAACUGCAAACAGCAGUUCGAUUCUGUACUUUUUAUUUGGCCAUCUAAACCCUGCAGAGGUCCCUUACCUCGUAAGGAUAACCAUAAACUCUGUCUUUGUUUGGUUCCAGUCACCCCUCCCCUCUCCCCGUGCCCAUCCCCCUCUCAGGAAA